AUGUCGUUAGUAGAUUUAAAGUGGAAAGUGUUAUUUAGCGUUUCAGUAAUUGUCAAUUUUACAUGUAUUGUGUUAGUAAUAAUUCAGAGUAGGACGCGCCUAAGCUGGACAAGAGAAGCAGCUAUAGAAGCAGAGAAUGUUGCGUCUAUUAGUUGUUCAGGACAUGGAAGGGCUUAUUUAGAUGGCUUAGUAUUCAGAGAGGACGGAACACCUAUUUGUGAGUGCAAUGCAUGCUUUACCGGCCCUGAUUGCUCUCUCUUUAAACCCAAUUGCGCGGUUGAUGUAGACAGUGGGAACCCAAUGUUUUUAGAGCCAUUUUGGAAGCAAAAUGCAGGGAGUAGUGGUGUAAUGGUGGCGGGAUGGCAUAGAAUGGGAUAUGAAUUUGAGGAUGGUUCACUCAUUUCUAAGCAAUUGAAGAGUGUAAUCCACAAGUUACAUGACACUGUAGGAAAUGCAAACACAUCAAACAAGUACAUAUUAUUUGGAGCUGGCUCAACUCAGCUUCUUAAUGCCGCGGUGUAUGCUCUUUCCCAUCACACCCCUUAUUCAUCGCCCACCAAAGUUGUUGCUUCUGCUCCUUACUACCCUGUUUACAAAUCACAAACAGAGCUAUUGGAUUCGAAGAAGUAUAAGUUUAGUGGAGAUACAUCCUCGUGGAAAAACAAAACAAGGAGUACUAGUACUAGUACGGAUUUCAUUGAGUUUGUGACAUGUCCAAACAAUCCAGAUGGGCACUUAAACAAGGCAGUCCUUCAAGGAAAAUUUGCAAGGCAUGUUUACGAUUUAGCUUACUAUUGGCCACAUUACACCGCGAUUCCAAGCCCUAUGGAUGAAGAUCUCAUGUUAUUUACACUUUCAAAGCUCACUGGUCAUGCCGGUAGCAGAUUUGGAUGGGCUAUAGUCAAAGACAAAGAUGUGUACGAUAGAAUGGUGGAAUACAUAGAUUUAAACACUUAUGGUGUUCCGCGUGAAACUCAAUUGAGAGCUUUAAAACUCUUAAAUGUUGUGUUACAAGGAGAUAGAAGAGAAAUGUUUCGAUUUGCACAUACAAUUAUGAAGACUAGAUGGGAAAAGCUCGCGGAGAUCUUGUCUACUUCAAAACGAUUCUCAAUUGAACAACUUCCCUCCCAACAUUGUGCAUUUUCAAAACAAGUUAGGCCACCUUCUCCAGCUUUUGCGUGGUUAAAAUGUGAAGCGGAAGAAGAUGAAGAGUGUCACAACGUGCUGAGGAAAGCAGAUAUUAUUGGUCGAAAAGGCGCUGCAUUUGGAGUUGAAAAUCGUUAUGUUCGUCUUAGUGUUGUGAAUAGCAGAGAUGAUUUCGAUUUAUUGCUGCAGCGACUACAAGAUCUAGUGUCUAAACAUCGAUCUGUCUUCGAUGGUGUCAUGUCAUUAUGA